AUGAAUUUUUACAAUAAAAAAGUGGUGAUAACAACAUCGGGCGUAGUGUCGAUAGCAGUAGUAUUGGCUUGGAGGAACUUGUUUUCUCUGUUUGUAUAUCUGCUGUUGACACUGUCAUGCAGUGUAAUCGGGCCACUUGUUAUUAUUCUGAUACACAUUGCUUUGUCGCCGAAACAUCAGACGGGCAUGAAUACACUUAAAACUACUGUUGAGCUUGAUGCUUUUCGGACCAUGUUAAUGAAAGGAUAUGAACCAAAAGCAGCAAUCCGUCAAACCAAGUACCCAGUGAUCUUCACGAGAUCAGUAGACAGCUCCCUCCAAAACCUGCUGGACCUGAUAUUCCGUGACUUUGUAAAAUCCUGGAUGACAGACAUCUCAGUAUUUCCAGACGAACUGAUCCUAACAAUGAAACAAGACUUAUGGCUGGGCCUUCAGACUCUCAACACCAGAUUAUCAAGAAUCGACCACACAAGACUAAUCGCCUCUAGCCUGGUCUCCAAGGUGACCUUCCACUUUGAGAAGAUCAGAAUCGCACAAUCUGCAGUCUGCGAGGGUUCUGACCCAAUCUUCAUUCUAUCCUCGCACCUGAUGUCUCCAAACUUAGAAUUAGAGUACCUGAGAUCAAUAUCAACUCUGUUCAUCACUCACUUCCUUCCUAGAAGCUACUCACUGUCACCUUCGAAGUUUCUGAUCCGGGAAAUUCUGACCCAAAAGAUCCUGAAGCCGGCGAUUAACUUAAUCACCGACCCGGACUACAUCAACUUGAAGAUUCUGGCGUACAUUGAGCAGCAGCAGCUAGCAGAAGCGAUGCACCGCAAGACUUACGAGUACGCUGAAUCCUUCGAAGACUUUAUCAGGAUGAUCAAGGGCUCGAGGGAUUUAGAGGUCCUCAAGCACAUUCGGUACAACAUCGUCACCGAAAUUAUGCAAGCUACAACUAUCGAGAACGUCAAACGCGCUCAAGGUUUAGAUUUAGACGCAAAUGCUAAAGACAUCCAGGGAAGAAAGCUCAAAAGAUACAUCAGCCAGCUGACCUUUGCAAAGACUACCUGCGAGCACCACAUGCAGAGUCUUGGAUGGGAUGGCUACCCAAUGCAAGAUCUAGAAGAGGAGCAGAUUCCUUUAGCUGCUAUUUUAGAUAGCAUUGUUGGCAGAAGGUUUCUGACCGCAUUUCUGGAGAGUGUUUCUAGCCAAGGAUUGCUGGGAUACUGGGCAGCUGUCCAGGAGCUGCGUGCUGCUGAUAAAUCAGCCUGGCAUCAGUUAGGAGCUGAGAUAUUUUAUACCUAUAUCAGGAGUCCUACAGCUGAGAUUAAAGUUGACAAGACUGUUCGCAAGGACAUGGAGGCUUUUCUUAUGGGUGAUAAGGGUCCGCAGGUUUUUUAUCAAGUCCAGGAAGACGUUGUUAAAAUAAUUGAAGACAAGUACUACUCGUCGUUCUUAGUAAGCCCUCAAUACAAGCAAAUGCAAGAGGCACUGAUAUCAGAACGCCCUGAUUUGUCAGAUGAAAGAGUUAGCGAAGUCGCUAGUGAGACUUUGGUAGGCGAGCAUUCAACCUACGCUCGCAGCAAGUUGGACCAGUUGGCGGAGAAACUUAACAAUAAAAUGCAAGCGCUACAAGCGCUGAAAUCUUCCUUGAAACCCGAAAGCCGGGUUUUGAGUAUCUUAGCUAAAGAAGUGGAGUUCCUUCAGGGUGAAAAGCGGCAGUUAGAAGCUCACUUGUCGCAUACUGAGAUGUGGGCAGAACAUUUGGGGAAGUGGAGGUGUGAUGUCCAGAGUGGAGAAAUCCCAGACAACGGAGAACCACCUCAGUUUAUUCUUGUGGUCCACAUGGCCCAGGAGGAAAACGAUGAAGGAAUCUCUACUGGCUGGGUCGUCUUCCGGAAGCUUCCGGAGUUCCACGAGCUGCAUCGGAAACUUAGGCUGGUUUGCUCGAGUGUAAAAACUUAUGAAUUGCCCAGCCAGCCGCUCAAGUUUUUCGGAAAGACGGACCGAAAUGCCCUGGAGAAGGCCAAAAACCAGAUCCAGAGGUAUGUCAAUUUCAUCCUGGAGGAUGAUAAACUAAACCAAAGCGAGGCUUUGUACAGCUUUCUGAGUCCUAGUUCUGAGCACCUGAAGCAUGUCGCGCCCUCUCCGAAGAAGUCAAGGUUCUCUUUAGCGACCUUAUUCAAAGGUUCUAAUAGCGGAGAGAGCCAGAAGGAUGAGGAUGACGAUUUCUCCCUCCUCUUGGAAGAAGACCGACCUGGUCAGGCAGACUUUUCUGGCAAGGACGCAAUCGCAGAGCCGCUCUACGCCCUCGUCGGAGAAAUAUUCGACCUCAGGGGUGUCUUCAGGUGGCUCAGGAAGUCUCUAAUCACCUUCGUCCAGAUCACCUACGGCAGAACCAUCAACAGGCAGGUCAGGGACACUGUCGCCUGGGUCUUCUCCGAGCCGAUGAUCACCUACUACCUCCAGCUGUUCACCAAGUCCUGGUGGCCGAAUGGGCAACUUGCUCCUAGCACGCCACCUAGGACCGAUGAAGAGAAGCUCAAGACCCGCGGGGAAGCCAGGAGACAGUUUCUUAAUAAUAUCCCGGAGGUCCUUGCGAGUCUUGUUGGCGCUCAGAGCGCUCAGAAAGGCGCCACCAAGGUCUUUGAUACUCUCCAGAAUGUUAAUCUGAACAAACAGCUGUUUUAUGACAUCCUCGAGGUGGUGCUUUAUGAAAUUUUUCCGGAGCUUUAUCGCAAGUAG